AUGCCUUCUCACCGAUCAGUCUCUUCUAAAGAAAGCCUCUCCUCCGCGUCUUCUGGGUCGUCGACCUUGCAUCUCACCAAAAGCUCCCAGUACUCUCUGUAUACCACGUUUGCGCGGUCCUCCAUAUUGUCUUUGUUAUCAUCCGCCAUUGUUUCGGGUUACCUCGUAGUGGAAGACUACGACGAGACGUUUCGCUUCGGGAACCCCAAGACCACAACCAAUUGCGUGCAUCUCAGGGUUACCAGCGGCAGGUUCUGGACACGUGUGUUCAACUCCGGUGAUCUUGGAUUCAGCGAAGCUUACAUGAUUGGCGAGGUCGAGGUUGAGAACCUGAAGGCGAUCAUGGACCUUUGGCUUGAUAACCAAUCAACGAUGUCGGCCUUACACUCCCUUUUCAGUCGGCUCACCGCCGCGUUCUCGGGGAUCCGGAAUGCCUUCUUCGGGCAGACACAUUCCCGCGCCCGUCUCAACGUAAUCGCGAGUUAUGACCAGUCAAACGAACUCUUCAAGGCGUUCUUAAGUAAAGAAAUGAUGUACUCGACUGCACUGUGGUGUGACGAAGAAGGUGGCGUACGCGGAGAUUUGACUCACGGACCGACCCCGAACGACCUGGAAACCGCUCAGCGACGUAAAAUUCACCACGUGCUGAAGACUGUUCGCGUGAAGCCGGGAGAUAGACUGCUUGAGUUCGGCACCGGUUGGGGCGCAUUGGCAAUCGAAGCUGCAGCAUCUUAUGGCUGCGAAGUCGACACGCUUACGCUAUCGGUAGAACAGAAGCAGCUUGCAGAGGAACGCGUGAAGGAGAGGGGCCUGGAAGGCCGGGUUCGAGUGCAUCUGAUGGACUACCGGGACAUCCCUCCGGAGUUCAAACAUGCGUUUGAUGCCUUUGUCAGCGUCGAGAUGCUCGAGCACGUAGGCAGCAAGUAUUACAGAAAAUAUUUCGAGCUGGUGGAUUUCGCACUCAAACCGACGGCCGCAACUAUAGUUGUCACCUGCUCCACAUUCCCGGAAGGCCGUUACAGCAACUAUCAAGCUGAUGACUUCAUGCGUCGUUAUAUGUGGCCGAACUCGUGCUUGCCCAGCGCAACGGUUCUGAUCGACGCAGCGUACGCAGCUUCGAAGGGUCGUUUCACUCUAGAAGGUGUCGAGAAUCACGCACCUCAUUACCCACGCACUCUGCGAACAUGGGAUCGCCGUCUCAAAGCGAACCUCAAUCGUGAGGCGAUGGUCCGGCAAUACCCCGCUCUCCUUGACGAUGCGACAUACAUGGCGUUCAUACGCAAAUGGGAAUACCUCUUUGCAUAUGCUGGCGCUGGAUUCGCGAAAGGUUACAUCACCUGCCAUAUGCUAACGUUUGUGAGAGCAAGCGAUGUGACCACUGCGUGUGAUUAG